GCGGUACAGUCGGGAGUGAGAGUGUACGUUCUCAAUCAGUAGGACACUUUCAUCGAGCUGAGGAAAGUGAGGGAGACCGUCAUUUCUUCGAGAAAACCUAGGUGGGAAAGAAAAAAAAGUGGUUAGAGACGAUUAGAUGGGGAAAGAGAAGUGAAAGACGAGAAUCGCGAGAAGAGAGUGUUCGGUAGAAAGAAGAAGAGAGGGAGAGAGAGAGCAUGGAGAAAGGGAGAGACAGUGUUGCAGUAACGUCGACUCAUCGUAAAAACAUGUUUCAAUUCCAAAAGAGAUCGUAGCUUGACUCUAUUACUUUCUCUUUCUUCCUUCCCCUUCUCUCCUUUUUUUUCUUUAUUUUCGUCGUCUUUCGAAUACCUAUAGGAUUCGAAUCGAGAUAUAUACGCGAGAAAGUAAAGAAGAAACGAGAAAUGCGAAGGAUAGAGACGCGACAUUGACCGCAGAAACAGGCAGGAAAAGGACGCGAAGGAAUAGAAUCGGUUUCUCAUCGUGGAAGGGAAGAAAAUGAUGACGACUGCACGUGCAGACGCGCUCAAUACGAAAAUGGAAAAAAGAAGGAACGAGAGGGAGACUCGAUGAAACAUUUCCUGAAACGGUAGACGGAAGAACGUCGCCGGGGGAAGCCUUUUAUUCCAAAGGGAGUCCCUCGGAAGGGAGAAAACGGACGCGCCGACUACUGCGACACGAAGUACGAAAAUAGACAAAGCUAUUAACUGGAUGAUAUAAAAGGACUUUCGUUGGCUGAUCAAACAUGAACAGAAACAACAAUAACAAUAACAACAAUCAUAAUAAUAACAACAAUAAUAACAAUAUGUCAUUAACCACACCGCCAGCGAUACAUGUCGGUCCGAUAAUAACGCCAGGUUCGAAUGAGACCAUUUCUAUAGUGAUACCGUUGUCCGCUCAAUUGGCCACUGUUUCUGGACAAAAGGUCGAGAAAGCAUCUUGUAAGGAUUGUGGGAAGGAUGCAAAGCAACGUUCGCCGAAUGGAGCUACGCCGCGAAUUAGAAAUGAUAAGACGAAGGGUUGUCCUUAUCCCACUUGUACACGAUACGGUCGCGCUUUUUCAAGGGCACAUGAUUUGAAGCGUCACAUCGCACGACAUGAAAUGCGGAAAGAAAAGCUGAUGGAUGGUGAGAAGGGACAACUGGUCAUCGGUUGUCUUGAAUAUGCAAAGAAUCUCGUAAACGAUUCUGCUUUGAGGACGAACGAGUCCUUUAAGACAGAAAUUCCUAGAGAUACAGAAACUAACGUUAAAACGUACACAUGUCCUCGUUGCAAGAAGAGAUACUUAGAGGAGGGCAAAUUUAAGGCUCAUCUCGCUAUGCAUGACAAGGUAAUCAUUGUCAAGACAAUGGCGAAGAACGUAUGCACUCUAUGCGGGUUACAACUUCAGAACGAAGCCGAUAUGCAGGAACAUAUGAAGCAACACGCGGGUGCUAUCUUGCAUACUCAGUCGGCCCAGUCAAUGCCACAAAAUGAAAAGGAGGAUGAUUUCCUUCUCGAAGAGAUGCUCCUACUGCAUAAAAAUCCACGAAGAACAUCGUCUUCCGAUAAAACAGUCGAUGUUGCUAGUGGCAAAGUCGCGACAAAAAUUAGGUGCGACUACUGUUCGAAGACUUUCAAAACAAAAUGGACAUUGAGUUCCCACGUAGCCGCACACGAAGGUCGUUAUCAGUUUGAUUGUGCCCAGUGCGGCAAGAAAUUUGUGAGAAAGAGUCAUUACGAGGGACACGUACGUUCCCACGAAGCAGCGAGGCCUUACGUAUGCGAGCAGUGCGGAAAGACGUUCAAGGAAUUGAAGCACAGACGCGAACACACCAAAAGAAAGCAUCCUGGAAAUCAGAGUGCUAUACAAAAUCUCUUGGAUAGCAUCAGUCCGUGUGCAUCUGAGGAAGUGCCGGUCGAUCAGGCUAAAUUUACUCUCUUGAUGCCGGUGAACUUUACCGCUUAACAAUAAGACGUAUCGAAUGUAUUGAUUUAAAAGCUUUUUCUCUCAUAUGUAUAUCUAGAGAUAUGAUAGACUUUACGUUGAAAUCUUUGUUAGUUUUCUGAAGAUGCACCGAUAAGAAAAAAUUAGCAUUAACGAGUUUCAAUUUCUUAUAUAUGGCGUAUUGAACUUUUUUUCUACAUAGUCUUUAUAUAUCUUUUUUAAUGGUAAAAUCAAUGUAUUAUGUAUAACAAUGAUGAAGUUAUUAAAUUAUUCUUUUGUUUCGUCUCGUCGAAAAUUCUUAUACAAAAUUUUGUUAUCGAAAGAAGACGAAUAAAUCUUAAAUUUGCUUACGAUGGAACAAAGAAAAUAACAAAUAAAUGUAACGUUAUUUGCUGUGCACCAUUUCUAGAAUAUUUUAAUAAAAUUUUAAUAUCGAUGUGUCGACGAAAUACCA